AUGGAAGCCUCCUCCAAGCAUGGUCCACGAAGAUUCGUGACUCAGGCACAAAGCGCAGCAGCGGCUGUCGCAGCGGCCUCAACUUGUCAUGGAACCCACCAAAGCCUGCAGCAGAUAGCAAGCGCUGCCGCACAGGCAGCAAAAUCCGCUUCAAGCGCGGCCGCGACACUACGACGAUACGAUGAAACUGGCAACGCUUUUCUUGUCGGCACUCGGCUGCGGAGGAUUGUGCGCCGGUCGUUCACUGAAGCCUGGGAGCCGGUCGAAGAUAGCAGCAGAGUUUGGGAGUCGCUUCGAGCUCAAGUCUCUGACUGUGAGGUGUCUGUUGAGCAGCUCCAAGUGUCCCUCGCGAAACUGCCACAAAUCAACAGCUUUCAUCUUGGCCCUUUAUUGGAAGCGCUGACGCUGCAUAUGGAUGCCCAUGAAGUCUCCUAUCUCGGACGGAAGCGCGUUGAUCAUAGACUCAAGGUCGAACUCUUCUUUCUUGGAGAGUGCCGGGAUCGAUUGGCCUCUCUCAGAGCAGAGAGGCGCAAGAUGACGCUUGAAGAUGCCUCUACCGGGAGCCAAAUCCUAAGAAGAGGCCGAAAAACGUAUUCUUGCGGCGAAGCGCUCUACUCAGCCAGUGUACACGGUGGCUCGGCUCUCGAGGUCAUUGCCGGACGGACGAAUGAUGAUCUGCAAUGGCGAAGGAGUGUGGCUAUCACAGUGGACUACCUUGACAUUACAGAGAAGUUUCCGCAGGCUGGAGCUUCAUUGCAGUCGUCACCCGUCAUUGAUUGGCACGUCCAACGGCAGACAGGAGGCAUCAGGGCACCUCCUCCACCUUACUGUCCUCGUUCACCUUCCGCAGAUCUCCAGCAAAGGCUUGACAAUCUGCGCCUACCAGAUGGCCAUUUUGAAAUCAGCCAUCAUAUUCAUCUCGCACGAAAUUGCCUCAAGGCUGCACAGGCGGCUUUUCUUGAGGAACGCUACCGCCAAUGUCGUGCGGACGUCCAACAAAGCUCAGAACUAGCCAGAACAUUACCCGUGCAGGACGAACAACAAGUCGACUCUCUGGACCGGGUACGACUGAAUGCACUUUGCUCCUACCAUCUCGACUCUCCAAGGACCGCCCUCGAGUCGCUACAUUAUGCCCUUACCUUCGUCGAAAGUGCAGCUCGACAUCCCAAGGACUUCAUCGCCAUUCACCAGGCUCUGGCGGAACUGUACACUGAGAUGUCCAACUUCACUCAGGCGGAAAUAUGGUGUCAGAAGACACUGGAUGCCGCAAGAGUGUGUUUUCCGCCCAAAUCAACCUCAAUUUCAGAAGCAUAUGCGUUGAUGUCCGCCAUCAAGGCCUUUCAGAAAGACGACUUCGACGCCACGUACUACAUGGAUCUGAUCCCUCCCGAGCAGCUGUCAAUGCCGAGCAUGUGCAGAUUGAUCCUGCUAAGACGGUUUCUUCCAAGAUCUUUGACUAUCUUCACCAAUUUCGGCGAGCUGGUACUUCCGUGCAAUGCAAAGAAACUAACGGCCGAAGAACGUAGCGAUCUGCUUGCCCUCAGCGGUCUGGUCCGGAACCACUCACUCAGGAUUCGAAAGGCGGAUUCACACAAAACAAGCUCGCACCGCGAAGUUCUGUCGAUCUCACAGGAUGACGAAAGCUGCGGGCCUGUAAUCCAUUUGUACGUUACGCCGGCAGGGUACUCCUGGGGUGUAGACAAGGAUAAGCUGAUCCGUAUCAAUGGCGAUGUCAGCUCGAUGACGAUGCAGAAGAUCGAGGCGGCGUUGAAUUCUUCGUGGUAUAGAAAGCGACGCCAUGUCGAAGUCGAGUGUACUCAGCUCGAGUUCGACUAA